GGCUGUGUACCAGGCUAGAUCUUGCAAUGGUCGCUCUCGACUUCGUUUAAAGACCUUGCCUGGUGAUCUCAAGAUUUUGCACGCUUCUUGAGGUCCUAGCUUACGACUGGGGAUACAUCGAGCCGACGUGCCUCCAGACAGAGCUCGAAGUUUUGAGUGCAUAUCAGCAUGAGAUUCUCCCACCUUUCCACUACUGUUGCUUUUGCGUUGCUGGCCGGAACCAGCCUUGCUGCUCCAUAUGGCGGAAUUGCGGACGAAGUGGCACAGGCCGCAGUCUCCGCUAGUGAGCAUGCUCGCAACGAUUUCCUGUCUGGUGGCCCUGGACGCAUCUUCUGGAAAGACAGUUCAGGCCAAACGCAUCACAUCUAUCAUGCGACGUGGGGACAUUUCCAAAUGAUGCAUGGCAGAGAGGGUCUCACACCGGUCACUGAAAGGCUCUGGAACGAAAUUAUGCAACACGCUCGUGACAAUCAGCUCAUUGCCGAAGGCGUGACUGCGGGAGGAAAUCGACUGAGAUACCAGGAUGGAUCGUGGAGAUCGGCGCCGCCUUCAUUCGCCGGUCAGAGUCGUGAGCGUGGACAGUCUUCGCGAGGCCCACGCACCUGAUUCGAGGCUUGCAAUCGCGUAGGCGCCUUGUUUUUCCACGAAGAGUCGCGGGUUUGGACCCAUGAAGAAAGACGACACAAGUGUUGGUGUGCAUG